AUGCCCCUCCGCGCGCCAGGCUCCGCCGUAAGUCCCGCCUACAGCGCCGGAGUCAAUGAGCGGAGGCAACUUCCAGCUGCCGGCCCCGCCUCGCUGGUGACGUUUCGGAUCUCACAUGAAGAUUUUGGAUCUGUUUUGAAUUGUUGUACAAGAUCAGAGAUAGUUCUGAAUGUUAGAUUUUUCUUUCUCCCCAUGGAGGCCAAAAGGUACCUAAGUGGAAAACAAGUAGAUAGAAAUCAGGUCUUGCCUUUGGCCACAGUAGGCAUCAAGACUGAAGUGUUCAGAAGUGACCACAAGAGGGCAGUAUCAAGAAGUCAGAGGCAAAGUUUUCACUGUUCUCUGAGCCAAGAUGAGUUGUUCUUUCUCCUCUUCUCUUUCAUAGACUCUGGAUUUGGGAUAGAGAAGUGACAGCUCUUGGCCCUGGUCAUGGGCACUCCAAAUAGAACUCUGAUUCACCCAGCCUAUUUCCUGCUGGUGGGUAUCCCCGGGCUGGGGCCGACCACACACUUUUGGCUGGCUCUCCCACUGUGCUUUAUGUAUGCCCUGGCCACUCUGGGCAACCUGGCCAUCGUUCUUAUCAUUCGCGUGGAGAGGCGCUUGCAUGAGCCUAUGUACCUCUUCCUGGCCAUGCUUUCCACCACUGACCUCAUCCUCUCCUCUGUCACCAUGCCAAAGAUGGCCAGCCUUUUCUUGACUGGUGUCCAGGAGAUCGAGUUCAAUAUUUGCCUAACCCAGAUGUUCCUUAUCCAUGCCCUGUCUGCCAUGGAGUCAGCUGUUCUUCUGGCCAUGGCGUUUGACCGCUUUGUGGCCAUCUGUCAUCCCUUACGCCACGCUUCGGUACUCACGGGGCCAACGGUGGCCAAGAUCGGGCUAGCUGCCUUGAUCAGGGGAUUCGUGUUCUUCUUCCCUCUGCCUUUCAUCCUGAAGCGGCUGUCGUACUGCCGAGCACAUACGGUCACACAUUCCUUCUGUCUGCACCAAGACAUUAUGAAGCUGUCCUGUACCGACACCACGGUCAAUGUGGUUUAUGGACUCUUCAUCAUCCUGUCAGUCAUGGGUGUGGACUCCCUCUUCAUUGGCUUCUCCUACGUGCUCAUCCUGCGGGCUGUGCUGGCGUUGUCAUCCCGGGGGGCAGCGCUCAAGGCAUUUAACACCUGCAUCUCCCAUCUCUGUGCUGUCCUGGUGUUCUAUGUGCCCCUCAUCGGGCUCUCAGUGGUGCACAGGUUGGGUGGCCCCACCUCCCUGGUCCAUGUGGUCAUGGCGAAUAUUUAUCUCCUGUUGCCACCUGUAGUCAACCCCAUUGUCUAUGGAGCCAAGACCCAGGAAAUCCGCUCAAGGAUGACCCGGAUGUUCUCCCGAGGCGAGAGGUGA